AUGUCGGUCAUAAAGAACAAUAUUCAGGACUUGCACGUAAGACGUACAAGUGUUGCAGAUUUAUGUGCAGCAGAGUGUGUAAUGGAAAACGGUGUUACCUUAAUCAUGGCAGUCAUAUAUGUCUCACCAAAUAACAAAUUAAUAGAUAUUCAGGAGUUCAUUCAUCGAGCACUGCUAGAGUAUUCGAAAGAUGUAUCUCGAACGCUUAGCAGAUACAACAAAAAUUUAGAUAAAGUUCCACUCAUUUUAGCCGGUGAUUUUAACAUCAACUUCAGUAAUGAAAAAUCAAAACCAUUGCUACAGUUUCUAGAGGAAGAAUUUGAUUUAAGAAUUAACAAUAAUCCAGCAGAAUCAACAACAAAAUAUAAUACUACCAUUGAUGCAGUUUUUUCAAGACAUUUAAAUAAAAUAGAAUCCCAAACAUAUGUUUCCUACUUCAGUUACCACAAGCCAAUUAUUACGAAAAUUGAGCCUACUGACUAA